AUGGAAUUCUCUCCAGCCCUCUCGAUGCACAGCGACAUCAGCGACAUGACCGACGAAGAGCUGGACAAGUACUUUGCGAGCUGCGUCCCACUGUCGAACCUCCCCACCCCUCCCCCGGCUAAGGAACCCACUCCAGCCCGGCCAUCAACCCCAACAUGGAACAGGACCUUCCAGACGUCACAGUCAUCACAGGCCAGCACAACACCACCGCCCGACGUCAUCGCUUGUCCAACACAACUUGCUUACGCAACCCACCUUGCCAACCUCGUCCCGCUCAACGUCUCCACACACCGCCCUCAUGCAUCCGUCAUUCAAGGUUUCUUGACGCGAGCCGGCCUGCCUGACGACAUUGUGGCGUUUGCAGCAUGCAUCUUGGACGGCUUGAGCAGCCGCUUUGCAGGCACCUGGAGGCAUUCUCUUGCCACGCGUCUUAGUCCGGAUGUUAUUGUACUGGCCUCGCUAUCGCUCGCACACGGCUUUCUCGUCGACCGGAUGAGGUCAUCACGGCACUGGAGCAUCAAGGAGAGCAACGGUGCCUUUAGCGUGCAGCAAAUCGAGGCAACCAUGAGGGCCAUACUCCACGACAUGGACUACGGCCUGUCACGCAUCUCCAACGACAUGGUGCAGCGCAGGCUCAAGAACAUGCAACCAAGCAACCCAUCACCAGUACUUUCUGCAACCCAACCAGAGACUGUUGGCAAGGAGCCUCGCCGACGCAAUAUGGCCAUCGUGCUGCAGGGCGCAGCCAUUUGGCAGCAUGGCGUACAGACACCAGAACCCAGCCCCUGA